UCUCUGAAGCACAGGUAAAGAAAGCAGUUACAGUAAAAACAUUUAUGAGAAGCCACCUUGGAGGCUGAUGAAGUUUUUCAGGUUCCAGCAGUGCAAGGGAUGUGGGCAGAACUGACACUGGAAAAUACUAGAAUGAUGGAAAUUCAUUUGGAAAGAACUGCCCUUUUUAAUGUCUGGGGAGUUUGCUCAGGGAGAAAUGACAAGUCUGGCAGGGAUGAACAUGGGAUUUGGUAAGACUUGGAUCAACUUGGGAUACAGCAGUGAGGGGAGGGGGCAGAAUCAAUGAAUGAUGCCAAAGCAGAGCACCCAAAAGGAGGACGCUGACCGGCCCCAGGCAGAGGCCUCUCCCUUAUGCCCGUCUCCAAAGUGCUUGUUAGUGAACACCAUUGUUGUUACUGCUGAAUUUUAUUUUGGGCUGUACAUAUUUAGAUGCUUAAGGUAAAGAUGAUAAAGCUCUCAAGCUCCUGUGUGGCCUCAGUCCAAGAGUUCCUUCCCGCUGCCUCUCUAACAUGCCUGGUUAAAACAAUCCCUUUGUGUGGUGUUGAGACGCACCUGAACCAGACAGGAUCCCCAAAUAACAAUUGCUUUCAAGUGUCUGGUUCCCAGAAGUUGACGACUAGGUGAGGCAUUUUCAGGGAGAGGGGGCUGAUUUCCAGACAGUUGCCUGUUCCUGUGGGGUGGGGCUGAGGCUUGGGGAGUGUGGGCAGGAGGGUAUGCCAUGUGAUUCUGAUGCACACCUUCCUUUUCCUUCUUUCUGUAUGUCUGGUCAUUCUGUUAUCCUGUCAUUCCUCACAUAGGCUGGACACUGGCCGGCUGCCAGUGUAAGGGCCAGCGUGAUUUUGCUGGGAUGUGGGCAGCAGAGAAUCUUUGCUUAUCCCUUUGACCAAGCAUCUCUGCUGCAAAGGCUGGGUAUUUGCUGUGCUCAGCGAGGCAUCAACUCAUGCAAACACUUAGCAGGAAUAGUUCUGGCUAAGGUUAGGAGUCUGCCACCAAAGUCUCUUUUUUGUUCCUCUUCUUCCGUUUGCCUUUUUAUCAUGAGAUCUUUUUGCAGCUGGCAGAAAGAUUGCAUAGUCAGUGCUUCCAGCUCCCCCAAUCCUGCACUGUCAUCUGGUCCUUGAAUAAAUGAAUUCUGAUACCCGAUCUUGUCUUGAGCCUUCUCCAUGCUACUCCUGACUCCUCCUCUGCUCUUUCCAUCUUUUUGCUGAGAGUUCCUGGCUCUGUACUUCCUCUUGGCCCAUCUCACUUCCUGAAACACCCUGAAGAGGGUUGCUUAUCUCGAUGGAACUAAAAAAGCUGAAGAGGCCUUGACGGACUCUGUUUGGGGAACUAGGAGCAGCAGCGCUUUCAGAUUCAGUCCAUGUAGAACUGUCCUCCAAGGUUCUGGGAACUCGAGGACGUGUGGCACCCCAAGAGGCUGGAAGUGAUCCACCUGUGAUGAGCCCUUUCUAAGGAGAGGGGUCACCAAGAGAUCACCCCACCAGAAAAGAGUAGGAAUGAGUGAGUUGUGAAUUUUAGACUGUCACUGCACAUGGACCUCUGGGAAGACGUCUGGCGAGAGCUACACCCAUUGGCCCUACGGACGGAUCUUGCUGGCUCACCUGACCCCGUGGAGGUUCCCCUGGGACGGCAAGAUGUCCAUCAACAGCACUGCUGUGUCAUUGGGCAACAUUACCUACAUCACCAUGGAAAUUUUUAUUGGACUCUGUGCCAUAGUGGGCAAUGUGCUGGUCAUCUGGGUGGUCAAGCUGAACCCCAGCCUGCAGACCACCACCUUCUAUUUCAUUGGCUCCCUAGCCCUGGCUGACAUUGCUGUUGGGAUGCUGGUCAUGCCUUUGGCCAUUGUCAUCAGCCUGGGCAUCACGAUCCACUUCUACAGCUGCCUUUUUAUGACCUGCUUGCUGCUGAUCUUUACCCACGCCUCCAUCAUGUCCUUGCUGGCCAUCGCCGUGGACCGAUACUUGCGGGUCAAGCUUAACGUCAGCUCCAUCUCCCCCUACCCUUUAGCAGUUUCUGCUGUGGACUCACUGACUCUCUUCAUUCACACAGAUACAGGAGGGUUACCACUCACAGAAGAAUAUGGCUGGGCCUGGGCCUUUGCUGGCUGGUGUCAUUUCUGGUGGGAUUGACCCCCAUGUUUGGCUGGAACAUGAAGCUGACCUCAGAGUACUACAGAAAUGUCACCUUCCUUUCAUGCCGGUUCCCUUCCGUCAUGAGCAUGGACUACAUGGUAUACUUCAGCUUCUUCACCUGGAUUUUCAUUCCCCUGGUCAUUAUGUGUGCAAUCUACGUUGACAUCUUUUACAUCAUCCGGAACAAACUCAGACAGAACUUCGCUAACUCCAAAGAGACAGGUGCAUUUUAUGGACGGGAGUUCAAGACGGCGAAGUCCCUGUUUCUGGUGCUUUUCUUGUUUGCUUUGUCAUGGCUGCCUUUGUCCAUCAUCAACUGCAUCACCUACUUUCAUGGUGAGGUACCACAGCUUGUGCUGUACUUGGGCAUCCUGCUGUCCCAUGCCAACUCCAUGAUGAACCCUAUCGUCUAUGCCUAUAAAAUAAAGAAGUUCAAGGAAACCUAUCUUUUGAUCCUCAAAGCCUGUGUGGUCUGCCAUCCCUCUGAUUCUUUGGACACAAGCAUUGAGAAGAAUUCUGAGUAGUUAUCCAUGAGAGAUGACCCUCUGUCUCAUUGACCUUCAGAUUCACCAUCAACAAAUAUUCAAGGGUCUGUCUGCCUGGGCCAAGGGAUUUUUACAUCCUUGACUACUUCCACUGAGGUGGGAGCAUCUCCAGGGCUCCCCAUUUAUACCUCCCCGACUCCACUGCUCUCCAUGUUUAUUUCCACUCCAUUUUUAACUUGUCCUUCUUCUCUAAUUCAAUGUUUUGGAGGCCUGACUUGGGGACAAUGUAUUAUUGAUACUACUGUCUGUUUUCCUCCUUCCCAAAUAGAAGAAUAAGUCAUGAAGCCUAAAGGAUGCCUCGUUGACUUACUGACAAAAGGUUCUAGGUGGGCUGAACAUGUGUGUGGUGGUGAUUCAGUUCCAUGCCAUUGCGGAAUUGAGCAGAGAACCUGUUCUCAGAGGGUGCCUAGGAGAUGCUGGGAACAAAAGGAAUAAACUGAGUUUAAGGAGGGCUUAAACUGCCGAAUUCACCUGUGGAUGUUUUGAGUAAAUAAAGGACAAUAGCUAA